AUGCAUUACUGCAGUUGACAACAAAACCAGAUAUUUUCAUUGUAACCUGCAGAUGUUGGGAAAUAUUUCAUGUCAUAACUUAUUUUCAUCACUGAAAGUAAAUUGAAAUCCACGUCAGAUUAGCAGUGGGAGACGGACGAGUACAACUUCAACACACAUACAUACAAACAAGUAUUAUAUAGACACGUAUUACAAAGAAGACAAGCAACAUUUGUUCGUAUACUAGAUUAUAAUUGAAUGCAGAUUCUAGACAAGUUUGAACACAAAAAUUUCAAAACAGCAUGAAGGGUUGGUUUGACGCUUUUCGUGACGACGGUGGACCCACACUAUACUCAUUCCCAAAUCGUACACCGGUGACAGGCGAUGUCUCCAUUGUUGCCGUCUCUGUUUUAUUUGCAACAUUUUACGUUGCUUUUCUAGUGAUAUUUCCCGGUGUGAGAAAACAGAAAUUCACCACAUUUUCGACAGUCACUCUCAGCUUGUUCGUGGGCUUAGUCAUACUAAUUACGCGACUGGGCUCCGCUUGGCAUGUGGCGCACACAACCAUCAUAGCGCCGUACAAGGCGUUCUCGCGUGAGAAGAUGCCGUCGCGGAUAGGCACGCAUAUCGGCCUCAUGCACGUCAAUGUGACGUUGACAGCUAUACCGGUUGGCAAUUGGACAGCACCGGAUGUGGACUACAAUGAACGCUUCGGAUGGGAGGGUGCCAACGAUAUGAGUGCCAAUUAUCGCGAUGCGUUGAGACGUGGCCUUCCAUUUCCAAUACUGACUGUGGCUGAGUAUUUCAGUCAGGGCCGCGAGGGUUUUUGCUGGGGUGGCCAAUAUCGUGCUGCCGGCUACUUUGCCAGCAUAAUGCUGUGGGCAUCGUUAGCCUCAUGGCUGCUCAUGAAUCUGCUGCUUAUCGCUGUACCACGUUACGGUGCUUACAUGAAGGCGCUAACGGGCGCAUUGCUCAUUGGCACCAAUAUUGGCUAUUAUUGCAUGCUGCCAAAGCGUCCGUUGAUCAUCUAUUUGGAAGGUGGUCGCUUGGAGUUCAAGCUCGGCUGGUGUUAUUGGCUUUUGCUGGUUGCCGGUAUCCUUUGCUUCAUUUGUGGCGUUUUAAUAUCCAUAAUUGACUUAGUGUGGCCGCACACUUUCUCCACCGUGCUCGAAGUGUAUUAUGGCACACCGUACGACAGACAUGUUAUCCUGGAGGAAUCAAGUGAUGUCCGUUAUCGCAAACGUGGUACUGCUGGCGGUGGUGCUGGUGGCUUAGAGGAUCCACCAGGCUUGGGUUCGCGUAUUUUGCGUCGUCUCUCGUCGAAGGCACGAGAUCAUGGUAAUGCUGCCGCUUAUUACGGUGGUAAUGCCGGUGGUGCUGGCGUAUCCGGUGCGGCGAGUGUUAGUGCUGGUGCAUCGGGUGCUAUGGUGCCGGGUUCUUUUGAAAAUAAAAGCUUCCAGCCGGACGUGCCGAAAAGUCCAUGGCGUUAUCCGUUUAGACGUGCACAGCAAUUGCAAGCGGCGCGUCCGAAUGCGCGUCUGCAGCGCACCAUCUCACAGGAGUCGGGCUCCAGUAUAGCAUCAGCGGCCAUACAUAUUUCGCCAUUACAUAAGCACGCGCUGGCGCGUAUGCUGCCUAAUCCACCCAUGAAUCGCAUUCGAGAUGUGGAACAUUGGUGACCUCAACAAUAUUAAUGUCUGAGACAAACUUCUUUUUCUGGAAAAUAUGAAUAAGCAAAAGCAGAUAUUUAUAAGUGAAAAUUAAUUUAGAGCGUAACUUCCGGUUCGCAAUUAAAGUUAUACGUGUAACUGAAAACAAAUAUUGUGAUACAAAAACGAAAAAUAAGAAACUAUUUAGAACUACAAUUGACAAGUAUACAUAUACACAUUACCAUAUAUAGGAAAAAUAAACUAGGUCUUAAGCAAUCGAAUGCCAAUACAAGUAUGAUUAUGAUUUUAAAAUAGAGAGACAAUUUUCGAGAAGCUUAGAUGACAGCACAGACAACGGCACAACUUUAUAGUUUCAAUGUGAUAAAUCAGUUAUGUUUCAGCACAACAUUUAAAAAAAAAUAAAUUUAAAUUAUUUUCACUCUCACAAAAGAAAAAGUUUCGCUUUGUUAAAAGUUUCCGUAGUUAUUGUCGAAGGCGUUUAUUAUAAAGUAACGAUUAAGUUAGUCCUAAUUUAACAAAAUUAUUUAUUGAGUAUUAAAAGAUGAAACAAAAAUUAAAUAAUUGAAUGAGAUAAUUUUAAGUGCGUAUAAUAUGUAAAAUAUUUAAGUAAAUUUUGCAUUUCAUGCUAAUUUAUUUUAUGCUUACGAACUUAAGACAUUUAAAUUAGUCCCUAAACUAUGUGUAUUUAAUAAACGUAACUUUUGUCAUAAAAUAAUAUUUUAAAUAGUAAUGUGAAAAUCUGAGUGUUUUCAGAUCCUGCAGUAAUGCAGUAGCGUAUCAAAUUAUCGGCUUAUUAAUUAAGUUAGAAACAAUAAAUUUGUAAGAAGCACAGCAGCCAUUUCGAACGCGAGAAUAUUUUAUAAACUAAGAAGCUAUAACAAAAUGAAAUAAAUCAACUUAAUGCCAUAA